GUGUCACGUUACGUCACGUCCGGUGAAAGCACAACAUCCAAGAUGUCCGCCGCCGUCUCGUCCCUCGUUUCAUACGGCAGCGAUUCCGACUCGGAAAAUGAGUCACAAGCCGACACUAGUACCAAAACAACGGACCCGUCGGAUCCGGACGCAACGGUCCACCUCAAACCUUUGCAGCCCGGUUCGACGAUGGCUUUGGCCGUGCUGAAUUCCGCCCCCGAAGUUGCCGUCAAGGAGUCUGUUGAGACUGGCGUACAUCUCGACCCCUCCCUGAAGGAAGUCACUUAUAACCCGUCGUAUGAAACCAUGUUUGCACCAGAAUUUGGACCGGAAAACCCGUUCAAAACCCAACAAAUGGCGGCCCCGAGGAACAUGUUAUCUGGCUACGCAGAACCUGCUCACGUCAACGACUUCAUGUUCGAGCAGCAGAGGAGGACCUUUUCGUCGCUUGGCUACGCGUUGGAUCCGUCUGUGGACACAAACCAAGUCACCGGGAGCAGUUACAUCGGAGCAGUGGAGGAGGCUGAGAAAAAUAACGGGUUGAACGUGUUUGAGAGCGCUUACAAGAAGCCAGACAAAAGGAAAAAGGUCAAAGGCGGCGACGCAGGAGAUAUCGACAACUACUUGGGACCGUGGGCGAAAUACGUCGAUGAGAAAUCGGUGGCCAAACCCACCGAGGAGGAGAAGAAAGAGCUGGAUGAGAUCACGGCCAAAAGGCAAAAACGAGGGAGGAAUGAAGAUGAAGCUCCGGCAGAAGAGAAGACCAUUCUUCAUGUCAAAGACAUGUUCGAUUACCAGGGCAGGUCCUACCUGCACAUCCCGCAGGACGUGGGCAUCAACCUGCGUUCUUCCGAGGCGCCGGACAAGUGUUACCUGCCCAAAAAGCAAAUCCACGUCUGGUCUGGGCACACCAAGGGGGUCAGCGCCAUCCGACUGUUUCCACGUUCAGGUCACCUUCUUCUUUCCAGCUCCAUGGAUUGUAAAAUUAAGUUGUGGGAGGUGUACAACGAGAGGAGGUGCAUACGGACGUUUAUUGGCCACAGCAAAGCGGUGCGAGACAUUUGUUUCAACAAUGGCGGCAAUCAGUUCCUCAGCGCCGCCUACGACCGCUACAUCAAGCUCUGGGACUCUGAGACCGGAAAAUGCAUCUCCCGCUUCACCAACAAGAAGGUGCCCUACUGCGUCAAGUUCAACCCCGACGAAGAAAAGCAGAAUCUUUUGGUGGCCGGCAUGUCAGAUAAGAAGAUCGUCCAGUGGGACAUCCGAACGGGCGAGGUGGUCCAGGAGUACGACCGUCACCUGGGCGCCGUCAACACCAUCACCUUCGUGGACGAGAACCGGCGCUUCGUCAGCACGUCGGACGACAAGAGUCUUCGAGUUUGGGAGUGGGACAUCCCCGUGGACUUCAAGUACAUCGCCGAGCCCAGCAUGCACUCCAUGCCGGCGGUGACGCUCUCUCCCAACGGUAAGUGGCUUGCGUGCCAGUCCAUGGACAAUCAGAUUCUGAUCUUCGGAGCCCAAAACCGCUUCCGACUGAACAAGAAGAAGAUCUUCAAGGGCCACAUGGUUGCCGGCUACGCCUGCCAGGUGGACUUCUCCCCGGACAUGAGCUACGUCGUGUCGGGCGACGCCGACGGGAAACUGAACAUCUGGGACUGGAAGACCACCAAGCUGUACCACAGGAUCAAGGCCCACGACAAGGUGUGCAUCAGCGCCCUGUGGCACCCCCACGAAACCUCCAAGGUCAUCACCUGCGGUUGGGACGGCCAGAUCAAACUCUGGGACUGAAAACGUCUUCG